CGAGGCACUCAGCCCAGGGUGAGCUGCAGAGGCUGGAGACAUCCUAGCCCUGAUCUAUAACCCUCAUCAUCGGCGGGGGGAGAGUAGUGCAGAAGGCUGCGGGCAGGCGCCCUCCUCUGCCCGCCGUUACCGCAGCGGCUUGUGCCCGGCUUUCUCUGGACUGGUGCAGCACAGGACAGCACCCUGGCUCAGAAGGUGAUCCCCUCCUCUCCCCUGAGGAUGUCUCGGAAGGUGCAGAGGGGCGAGGUGUGUGCAGACUGCAGUGCCCCAGAUCCUGGUUGGGCCUCCAUAAAUCGGGGAGUGCUGAUCUGUGACGAAUGCUGUAGCGUGCACCGCAGUCUUGGACGACACAUCUCCAUUGUCAAGCAUCUUCGACAUAGCGCGUGGCCAUCAUCACUUUUACAGAUGGUGCACACGUUGGCCAGCAAUGGAGCAAAUUCCAUUUGGGAACAUUCUCUGUUAGACCCUGCGCAGGUUCAGAGUGGGCGACGCAAGGCCAACCCUCAAGACAAACUGCACCCAACAAAAUCAGAAUUUAUUCGUGCCAAGUAUCAGAUGCUCGCAUUUGUGCACAAGUUACCAUGUCGCGAUGAUGAUGGAGUGACCGCCAAAGACCUCAGCAAGCAACUUCAUUCCAGUGUCAGGACUGGGAACCUGGAAACAUGCUUACGUCUGCUGUCUCUUGGUGCUCAAGCCAAUUUCUUCCACCCGGAGAAGGGAAGCACGCCACUACAUGUAGCAGCUAAAGCUGGCCAGGUUCUUCAGGCUGAGCUUUUGGUAGUAUAUGGAGCUGACCCAGGGGCCCCUGACAUGAAUGGAAGAACACCUAUUGAUUAUGGCAGGCAGGCUGGGCACCACGAUCUGGCAGACAGACUGGUGGAGUGUCAGUAUGAGCUGACGGACAGACUCGCCUUCUACCUCUGUGGCCGGAAACCAGAUCAUAAGAACGGACAUUAUAUCAUUCCACAGAUGGCGGAUAGUUUGGACCUCUCUGAACUUGCAAAAGCUGCCAAAAAGAAGCUCCAGGCACUCAGUAACCGGCUUUUUGAAGAGCUGGCGAUGGAUGUCUACGAUGAGGUAGAUCGAAGAGAAAAUGAUGCAGUCUGGCUGACAACGCAGAAUCACAGCACGUUGGUCACGGAGCGCAGCGCUGUUCCGUUCUUACCGGUUAACCCUGAAUAUUCUGCGACUAGGAAUCAGGGACGCCAGAAACUUGCACGUUUCAAUGCUCGGGAGUUUGCCACUUUGAUCAUUGAUAUUCUGAGUGAAGCCAAGAGAAGACAACAAGGAAAAACCUCUGUAAUUUCUACAGACAACUUUGACUAUACUCUGAGAAACAAUGCCAAUGACUGUGAUGACCAGCACGACUAUGACAGCGUAGCUUCCGAUGAAGACACAGACCAAGACCUGCUCAGAAAUUCCAGGAACAAUCGAGCCAGGGUGAGGGGGUCAGAAGAUAUCACACAAAGCGGUUCAUGUUCAGACACCAGAAGACACUAUACAUCUGUGAGCAUGGACUCCUCCGACCUGUCCGAUGGUCCCAUUACUUUGCAGGAGUACCUGGAAGUGAAAAAAGCUCUUGCGACAUCCGACGCCAAAGUUCAGCAGUUGAUGAAAGUAAAUAACAAUCUGAGUGAGGAGCUGCGGCGACUUCAGAGAGAGAUUCAUAAACUGCAGUCUGAGAACUCCCAGAUCCGUCACCAGUCUGGCCCUUCACCACCACCACCACCAGCAAACCCCGAGAGGACUGAACACCAGUUACCCUCAGCCCACCGACGAGACCGGCAGGCAUUUUCAAUGUAUGAACCAGGAUCAGCCCUAAAACCAUUUGCACAGUCCACGGAUGACCUUAGCAGUCGACUGCAGCCCUUCCACUCUGGGAUUCGGAAAGGCAUCAGUGCCUCUUCUGUGCCCUUCCCCCCUUUGUCCUCCCCUCUGUUCUCUGGACCCCCGGACAAUACCCGGAACAUGUCUGUUAAGGCAGACCGUCACGGCAGUGGUGCGGACAGUGACUAUGACAAUACACAGAGUACAGAAACAAGCGUUGGGGUGGAAGGAAGAAGGUACCUAGAAUUAUCCCGGGAUGAAGAUUUCCACGCUGAUGCAGAAGAUGUAGAGGUGGAGUUGGACGCGACCCUACCCAGCACAGAGGAUGUGAUCCUCAGGACGGAACAAGUGACCAAGAACAUCCAGGAGCUGCUGAGAGCUGCACAAGAGUUCAAGCACGAUAGUUUUGUACCCUGCUCCGAGAAAAUCCACUCUGCAGUAACAGAAAUGGCAUCCCUCUUUCCCAAGAAACCAGCGUUGGAGACUGUACGCUGCUCCUUGAAGCUGCUCAAUGCUAGCGCUUACCGACUGCAAAGUGAGUGCCGGAAAACUGUUCCACCAGAGCCAGGGGCAACGGUAGACUACCAGCUCCUGACACAGCAAGUCAUUCAGUGCGCUUACGACAUUGCCAAAGCAGCUAAACAGCUGGUCACCAUCACCACCCGGGAAAAGAAGCAGUGACCUCCAUUAUCCUCUAAGAACGUUGCCCUUACUAAAGGCAUACAGAGCUGCCAAGAGCAUGAGACACGGAGGACUUCUCACAGCGUUGGAUGAGACUGGGGCUUCUACACUCUUGGCUGAUUGAGACAUUUGCCCCUGCAGGCCAAAUAUUUAAUGUGCAGUCCCUUACAAAGAGAAAUGCCAUAGAGAUGCCCUACCAUACAUUCAUUGUGACAUACACACUAUCCUAACUGUACAGAGAUCAUUAUAUAUAUAUAUAUAUAUAUAUAUAUAUAUAUAAUAAUCUCCCCAUGUGUACAGAGAAGAAAUAUGCUUUUGGUUGUAGAACCUGUCCUGCUGCCUGUCAUUUCUGAACUUGGCCAAAAGAAAGUCUCUUGUAGCUUCUUAAUGUUUACAUGCAGAAUCCAGUAGAAGUCAUCACGUGAAGCACCGUUACGGUAUGGGCCAUGGAUAGGCUGUGACAUACUUUAUACCCAAAGCAAUUGGAUUGUAAAUCUGCAGUUUUGCAAUCCACAAAUGGCACGAAUUCCACAUAAUUUUCAAGAAUAACCCUUAGUUCCUCCCACUUAUAAUUAUGAAUCAUUGUCAUUUUUUAUUUAUAUUUUUACUGUACUCUGAUUCUGAAUGCAAACAAGAAUCAACUGGUUAUGAAUGAAAGGUUCUCGGUGAAUGCCAUGAGCUAUAAGUCAGGGAAGGAGAAUGCCCCCCAUAAGCGUUCGGACGCAUGGUGUUCUUUUGUCCAUGUCCGCUUUGCCUGUUAUUAAGUAGGUGGCCAUCUCUGGACAGCUGGGCUCUGAGCCUAGAACAGGUUCUAGAAUGAUAGGAACUAGAUUAUUGCCUCUCUCUGUUUCCAUUGAACUACAUAAGCACUGUUUGGGUGCUACAUCUUGGCUCUCAUUCUGUUUCAAUCAACGUAGGGAGACUUUGGCACAUAUUAAUUUAUGUGAUGCAAGCCCUUAAGUAUGUUGAAAUGUUGGAAGCUUCACGAUGGGAAUGCGUCUUUAUCUGCCUUCCUACUCUGCUGAGGACAAGUGACUGAUGGGGUCACAAAAAAGGCACUCAAGUGUAAAGUUCAAAGAAAGAAGCUGGAAGCGCCCCUUGCAGCGGGCAUACACACCUGACAGUGGUAGCGCUGUGUGUAUUUACCAAGGUAACCUGGCAGGUCAGAAAAAUCCUUGACUGACCAUUCUGAUCUUUCUGCUUUGCUGUGAAUGGGUCACAACACUAAACGUACACUGGAAUCUGUCUGUGUGUGUGUGUGUAUAUAUAUAUAUAUAUAUAUUACACAUACAUGCAUAUAUAAUAAACAUCUCUUUUUGUUAUUUAGGAGGAAGGGAUUCAUGUAGAAGACUGUUCUUGUAUUUUGUAUGAAACCACUUUAAGCUCAUUUUUCAAAGCAGGCUUCGACAACCUAUCAUUUUUGUCUUUGCAUCCAUGCCAAUUCAGGGCUUAGAGAGGUGGUCUGGAUUUGGAUAAAUGUCUGCCUUUUUCCCAGAAGCAAGGCCACUCCUGUUUAUUACUUGUUUCUGGUAUUGCAACGUAUUCAUGUUAAUGGCACGAACAAAAGUGGCGCUGUUUCUGGGGGGGGGGACUUUUAUAUUCUAAUUCCAAACAACCUGUUUAAAGGCUAUGGACACCUUUGGGGCAGUUUUAUUAUUGCAUCUUACUCAUUUUGGGCUAAAAAUAAUUUUUUCUAUUGGUCUUUAAUAAAAAUGUUUAGCGUUUUCUGAGAUAUAGGGGUUAAAAUCAGUCUUAAUUUAAGCCCUUUUCUUAUCAGUCUGAUAAGAACUGAGCUAUAAUGAGUAUUUUUGAGGUCAGAAGAUCAGAGAGGAGUUCUACAUCAAAGAAAACAGGAAGUGACAGCUUGCAAACAGACAGAUUUUUCUUUAACCCCUGUAUCUCGGGAAUAACUGAACAUUUCUAUUAAAGACCAACUUAAAAAAUGAUUUUUAGCUCAACAUGAGUAAAAUGCAAUCAUAAAAAAAUGCCCCAAAGUUGUCCAUAGCCUUUAAAAGGCUACGUACACCUUUGGGAGUCAUUUUUUUUAUUACUGCAUUGUACUCCAUUUUGAGCUAAAAAUCAUUUUUGUCAAUUGGUCGUUAUUGAAAAGGUUGAGCCCCUUGCUCUGUACAGCCUUGACAUUCUUUAGUAGCAUGCUCAGUGUUUUUGCUCUGUUCCAUCAGGCCGCUCAGCUGAUGACUCCUUAUCUC